AUGGCGGACGAUUUGGACGCGGAGCUCCUGGCUCUUGCUGGUGACUCUGAGGAAGAGCAAACACCUCCCCCUCAAGACAACUUCUCGCAACAUUCUCCUUCUUCCUCCAACAACUUCUCACAUCACGAACACUCACCCGACAUUCUAAGCCCCAAAGGCCAUUUUCAAUCUACUCGACACGGAAAAAAUCAUCACACAGACGAGGAAGACGGUGAAAUCUCUGAAGCAGAAUCGCAAACUUCUCUCCGGUCAGCUUCGAUGUUGGAAUCGGACUCUGAAGAUGAUGAACUUACUGACAAUGAAGACAAGCCAAUCUUCCCAUACGAAAAGCUCUACUACUCUGCCGUAGAAAAGGAAGAAAUCGCGGCCAUGCCCGAGAUCAAGCGUGAAGAGCUCCUGACCGAGCGUGCCCAGCAGGUCGACCGUCACAAUCAGGAUCUCGCUUUGCGUCGUCUCCUAGCCUCACGUGGUCGCGAGGAGUCUCGUGCUGCCGCCAAGCGUAAGGCCGGGACCGCUGGCCUCGAUGAGGCGCAGCGCAAGAGCUCGCGUCAGAAGACCACUCUGGGUGGCCGCAAAGUUGGCGAGACCUCCGGUGCCAUGGAGGCCUACAAGCGCCAGCGUGAGCAGAAGGGCAAGCGAGUUGAGGCCCGCCGCCGUGACACUGCGCAGUCGCGUCGCCGAAGCUCCCAAGGAUCCCGACGUGGCUCUGGAAGCUCCCAGCGAAGCGCUGGAGCAGACAGUGACCUUGUGCUUGACAAUCGUCGCUCUCCAUCUCCUCCUAAGGAGGACCUCCCCGCCACUCUGCGUGAAAUAAAUCGCGCACGGGUUGGUCGAAGCAACUUCGCCCAAGUUUGCUUCACUCCUGGCUUUGAAGAGUUGAUCCCCGGUUGCUACACCCGUCUCAGUAUUGGACCUGACCCCCAGACUGGCGAGAAUGUGUACCGCAUGUGCUUGAUCAAGAGCAUCACCACCGGCAAGCCUUACGCCAUUGAAGGAAUGAAUGGUCGUAACUUCGUUACCGAUCAAUAUGCCAAGCUUUCUCACGGAAACGCUGUUCGCGAGUGGCCAUUUAUCCUGUGCUCCAACUCUCCCUUCACUGAGGCCGAGUUCAAUCGUUACCAAAAGACUCUGGAAGUUGAGAAAGCAGGCACGAUGCCUACCCAGAGCCAGGUGGCUGCCAAGGUUGCGGAUAUCAACCGCCUCAUCAACUACCAGUUCACUCCUGCUGAGAUGACUGUCAAGCUGCGACGAUCCGGUGUUCUCACCCGUGACGAGAACAUUAUCCGUCGUGCUGAACUUGAGCGUCGAAUCAAGGCCGCCGAAGACGAUGAGAAUGAUGAGCUCGUUGAGAAGCUUCAGAAGGAACUGGAGGAGGUCAAGGGUCCCAAGCUGGCUUUCGGAACUUCGCUGACCCCACAACGCCCCAAGAACGAGUUGCCCUCCGACAUUGAACGUGUUGCGCAGAUCAAUCGUCGCAACCGAAAGCUCAACUACGAGAACGGACGUCGUGCCGAGCUUCAGGAGCGAGCUGCUGCCCGCAAGAACGCAGCUGCUGUUGCCCGUGGUGAAGCCGCUCCCGAUCCCUUCAUGCGAGUUCGCACCGUUGCCAAGACGUUCCAUGACAUGUCUGGCCAAGAUAAGGGUGCUUCCAUCUCCGAGGAUGCUACUGCUGCUGCGGCGGCGGCGGCGGCGGCGGCGGCGUCUCCCGAAAAGCCCAAGGAAGAGACCAAGCCAUCUAUUCUGGCCAAGGUCUUGGCUAAGAGACCCAAGGGCGGCUUCAAGAUCCGAUAUGCUCCUCAGCCCAUUGAGAUCUUGCGCGCCUAUUGUGAAGAAUGGGCCGAUGAGAUGAGUUUCUUGAAUGAUCUCGACCCUUAG